ACUAACAUAAAUAACGGGUGUCGGAAAUUUCUUGGACAUUCGUCAGCUAAGCGCAGACCCUGUGAAGACCAGAAAAACGGACAGAUCCGGCAUGAGACGAAGAGGUCGACAACAAAACUGUCGCCAGGAACGGCCACUGGCUCCAGUUGUUUACCUUCUCCUGGCUGCCUUAACCGUUUUUACCUUCCACUUGAUCUCAAAGUACGUUGGAGAAACUUUCUUUUGGAAGCAAAAGCAGGAAACUCCAUCAACGUCACCCACGGCACCAGAGGCUACCCCUCCACGGGUGUCAUCGGUUCACAGCCGCGACGCCGAGGCAGACUUACCCCGCCAUCGCCGUUCCAGUCCUCAUGAUUGGAAGGGCGACGACAACCGCUACGAGCAGAUCGAACAAGACACCAAAGAAGUGGCCUCAUUCUCUGUCGACAAGAAUGCCCCGAGUUACAACGUCAGAUUAAGCAAGGGCAAAUCAGCGGAAAUAGCAUUGGCAAAGAUGAAAGAACCCCCCGAUUCCACUGUCAUCAUUGGAGGCAUCCUCAAUAAUGGCCAAAUCACGACGAGCACACCACCCGACAAGCAACAAGUCAUCGUCUCCUCUACAACAAAUGAUGACCAAUACGACCACAAACAGGUAGGAGCUUUGACCCAAAACAAAGCGUUCUCAGAAAUCCCCACGGUCACAAAGAUUGCCAACGCCAAUGACAAGAAAGUUCGCUCGAAUCUCUUCGGGAAUCCACGUGAUCGGCAAGUUUUGAAAGAACUCUCCUCUUCCAUCGUAGAUGACGCCCAAUUUUCUACUGAUGACGUCAACAUGUCACCAGAAGGCACAGAAGAAGAGUUCUUGGACUUGAAACACGGACAGUUUCAACCCGUGUUUCAACGCUCAACAGAAGAGAUAGGAGAGAAAGAAAACGAAGAAAUUCCUGUGGCCCUCUACAAAAAAGACAACCUGAGGGACAAGAUACAACCGUCUUCAAAAGAUGAAGGGCUACAGAGCAUCCACGCCAGUGCUCACACAUUCGAUUACAUUGACGAGCUUCUAACUCACGCUGCCAAGAAAUCAGAAGCCCAUGGACUACCGGGUACGGACGCUUUUUACGAGACAAUGCCUUGCGUUGUUGAAGAUGACAACACCUUGAAAAAUCAUCCAAGCAAACGUUCAACAUAUGUCCGAGAAAUGGUCGAUAAUCAACACAGCAAAAAUCUCAAAGAAUCGACCAAAAGCAACGCAAAUCAGACCCCUGCAUCAAGUGGUCGUCCCAAGUCCAGGUAUCCGCGAGAAGUUGGCAAUCUACUUGUUGAAGAAAGUUCAGGGGAGCAGCCCACGACCCUUCUAACAACACCAGGGCCUCAGAACUCAACCGCAGGCAAACUUUUCAGCGGCGCCAGUACUGAAGGAUCCAAAGCGGAGGAUGUUACUCAGAUGUUGCACUCCACAGGACAACCAAAUGCGAUUGCAAGUACUGUAGAAUCCACUGAAAGCAGCACAGCGAUUACCACCAUUGGAACACUUGUAAACUCAUCCCAGUACACGGCUAUGAGCACAACGGCAACCACCCAUGCACCAGGCAACACCCAUCGAUGGUUAAAUGUUUCUCCGUACUGGUCUGUACAAUACAACGUUGAGAAGUGGCGGGAUCGAGCGUGGAAGGCUCUAGACGGGAACCCGUCUGCAGUUUGGCUGGUAUCCCACACUGUACCUUUGGUUGUGGACUUCGGAUCGCCUCACGAACUGUUACAGAUACGCAUUACGUACAAGGAAAACCAGCACGCAGUUACCGGGUACAACAUAUAUGUAACAAACGGACCGCACGCACAACGAAAGCAAGUGCAGUGGACUCAUGUUCUGAGUACUCCAAGACAAAACAUAAGCGCCGGGGAAGACGAAACCAUCGACGGAUUUUCGGGCAUCGGUCGCUCGUGGAAACUGGUUUUCUUACAUAACAUCAGUGCCUGGGAAAGAUGGUGUAGCGGAACGUAUAACUACAGAAAUAGAGUUUUAGUGCAAAAGGUGGAUUUCUUUGGUUCCAAAGGUAAGCCAACUUUAUCCUUCACUCACAGUUUCAAGACACACGCAUCCAAUACCCAGGCGGGCAAAGAUCCUCUCUUCUUCAGGUUCAACGAAGGUGGCCAACAUCGUCAUUUCGAUGAAUCUGAUUUGGGUCAGGGGCCAGAUUUUUGCUCCUAA